AUGGGGAUCUCAAAGAUGACUGCUGCUCAACGGCAGUAUGCCAGCACCCUCAUACCAGCCAACCCUCGAGCUCCACGUUCAAGACCCACAACACGCAUACCCGCGUCAUCGAGAAGACGGCGAAACGUACAUGAACUGACAUGUCCCCCCGGUCACACUCUGGUUAGUGGCUCUGCUGCCCCCUGGAAGAAAAGGGCGAAAGCGAAAGCGAAAACAUCAUCAGAUGAGCCACCCCCUGAACGUCGAGCGAAGAGGUUUCGCACUCAUCCUCCUAAGACCUACCUCGAGAGGGCCGCGCGUGCUUUAUCCCAGCGAAUGUUUGUGGUUGGACAUACAGCCACUAAUGUUGAAGUUGCCCCCGAGAUGAGUUUCGACAUUGUCGGGACAACUGGUAAUAUCUACAAGACGGUGAUAGGGAAGGUGCCGACCUGCAGCUGUCCGGAUGCUAGAAAGGGUAACCAAUGCAAGCAUAUCUGCUACGUCCUAGUCAAGGCCCUGAAAGCUCCUCAUCAUCUCCAGUACCAGCUAGCAUUCUUGUCGUCGGAGCUCCGGGAGAUGUACAAUGCCUCCCCCAUCAGCCGUGAGCAGCCCAAGGCCACCGAGAACAACGAUGGAAAUAGAAAGCCAGUUGAAGGAGACUGUCCGAUCUGCUUCAUGGAAUUUGAGCCGGACAGAGAAGAGACAGUCUGGUGCCAAGCGGCAUGUGGAAACAAUAUCCACAAGACUUGUUUCCAGCAGUGGGCCGCUACCCAGACCCGGCAACGGCAGGAAGUCAGAUGCGUCUAUUGCCGUUCCCCCUGGGAAACAAAGCCCAGCAACGUGGAUCUUGACAAGCUCGUGCAGGAGGGCAACGUCUCUGCUGACGGAUACGUCAACGUGGCUGACCAGUUUGGUCUUUCCAGGAUGCGCGAUUAUUCAACCUAUCAUCCUUACUGGGUGCACCAGCAAUCGUAUCCCUAUGGUUCGCACAGUGGUAGACAUUCAUAUCACUACGGCGGUUCAUAA